CCAAUAACAAAACUUCAUUGCCACGAUUCCCGCCGAUCAAUCGCCGAAGCAUUUCCCUCCUCGCCGUGUUUAUGGAUCCCGUCUUCAACGUUGAUAAGCUCUCCUUCGAGAUCUUCUCCAUUCUCGAGUCCAAAUUCCUCUUCUCUCCCUGUGCCGGCGCCGGAAGCGGCAACGGUAAGGUCCGGAUCCUCUCCAUCGAUGCUUCCGGCGACGCGAUCCUUGCAGCAGCUUGCCUCGCUAGGCUUGAAGCGUCUCUCCGGAAGCGAUCCUCAAACCCUUCCGCCCUCCUGUCCGACUUCUUCGAUCUAGCCUCCGGCUCCGGCCCAGGUGGUUUCCUCGCCGCCCUUCUCUUCACUCCCCGCCCUGACGGCUCUCCUCCAAUCUCCACUGACGAUGCUCUCCGCCUCCUCCUCAAAACCAGGGGCCGGAUCUCCCGAUCUCCGGGGAUUCUCCGGCGUCCCCGACGCAUUUUCCGGCGAUUGUUCGGCAACGCUACGCUGAGGGACGCCGUGAAGCCGGUGCUGAUCCCCUGCUACGAUCUCCGCACGCGAGCACCAUUCAUGUUCUCACGUGCCGACGCGGUGGAGGCAGCGGAGUAUGACUUCAGAGUGCGGCACGUAUGCUCCGCCACGUGCAAUGCCAAACGUGUAGAGUCAGUGGAUGGGACGACGAAAAUCGAGGCGGUCGGUGGCGGAGUUGCCAUGGGGAACCCCGCGGCUGCGGCGGUGACGCACGUGCUGAACAAUGGGGAGGAGUUCCCGUCCGCCUCCGGCGUCGAUGAUCUUCUCCUCCUUUCGUUCGGCGGCGGAGAGGUAGUGGCGGCUCCGGUGACAACGGAGCUUGUGCCCAUCGCUGGCAAAGGCCACGCAGACAUGGUGGACCAAGCUCUUGGCAUGGCUUUUGCAUAUAGAGGGUCAAGAAAUUAUGUUCGGAUUCAGGCAAAUGGAUUGAGUGGUGCAAGAAUGAAUAAAACAAAGAAGAAGAGUGUGAGUCGUGUGACGGACAGGAGAAAGCUAAUGGAGAUGGCAGAGGAAGUGCUGGCCCAGAAGAAUGUGGAGUCAAUGUUGUUCAGAGGGAAAAGGAUAUCAGACCAAACAAAUGCAGAGAAACUGGAAUGGUUCUGUGAAGAACUGAUCAAAGAACAUGAAAGAAGGAUUAGCAGCAACAACACCGAAACCCCUCCGGUUGUGCUAAAGCAAGCCAUGACACCAACAACUACAUUGUCAGCCACUACAAGCAGGACCAGUAGCAUCAUCACCACUAUCUCAACAUCAUCAAUCACUUCCACUUCAUCUCCAUGAAUGGUUUUUUUUUUUUGAAAAUAUAAAAUAUUAUUUGUUUGAAGUGUGUAUAUAGGUGAGUGAGCUGUAUAGUGUGAUGUGGAUUGGAUCUUGUUGCCUGUUGUCUUUCAAUGUUCAGCAGGGUCCUUUUGUUAUAAUUAAGAGAGGUUUGAUGUAGAGGGACGGAGAUAUUGAUUAGUUUUAUUGUGUGGAUGAAGUAA